CCAGCCUGCUGUCCGGAACUCACACACCACUGGAGAAUAACACUCUACAUGUAGCUUUUCUCGAAUGAAAACAUUUCUAUUUUAAUCUACAGACACAUUUUCUGCCGUUAUCACCACCGAGACUCAUGUUUUUAACACAGGGGGCUCAAAAAAACACGACGAGCAUCAAGCGAACUUGAAGUUUCGCCCACAAGCUUUUUAAAUAAACACUGCAGGCUGUGUUGUAUAUUGUACACUCGUCUUUCUAGCGGGUGAACACCUGGAGAUGGACCGCUACAGGUACUUCAUUUUUAACCAGAGGAGUGUGCUCAUUCUCGGUAUCCUCCAGAUAGCUUGCGCGGGUCUUUGUGUGGUCUGCGGGUUCAUGGAUGCUGUUUUCCGCAAGGAUACCCCGCUGAGUACCACCAGGACACCGGUGUGGGGAGGACUGAUCAUGUCCUCUCCAGGUGUUUUGGCACUGUUUGCCUCCCAAAGGAAAAACUCAGUACUGGUGAGUGUGAUGGUGGUGGCAGCAGGACUAUCCUGUGCGGCGGCUGUCUUUAUAUCAGGUUACUCCUGCCUGACACUCACGUACGGGGAGGAGGAUGAAGAGGUCUUCCACCAUCACGACAGUCCAGAAGUGACGUUCGUGCUUCAUCGAAUGGUGAAGGGAGCCAAUGCCACCAUACUACUGACCUGCACCAUCGGCCUGGUGCUCUCCUCUCUCAUCGCCUACGUCGGCUGCCGUAGUCUCCCCUGCUGUGGCUGCUACGACUCCAGAACUGGACUGGAGACUCUGGUUCCUCAGUGUGAUCCCAGGGACACUGAGAUGGUGUUUACCCGGCAAGCAGGAGGUGAUGACAGGCUCUUCUACUCUCCAGCUCAGCCCGCUGACCAGGCCAGCAGAGAGGAGGAGGAACCCUCUAAACUGCCUCCAUACAGCAGACUAACCUGACACAUCUACAUCAAAGAAAGUGUUCCUAUUUGUUCUGCUUCUUCAUACCAAAUGAAAUGAUUAUAAUGCCUUUAAGAAGUGCCUACACAUUUCAUACUUUUUUUCUAUCUUGAAAAACAGAAAUGCUGUAAAGAGAUAUUUAUAUGACAUAUGCAAGUGGUUUGUGCUUAUUAACCGACUCAUUGAAACCUUGCCAAGUUCUAUGUUUGUAUGUGUGUGGAAACAAAACCAGAUUGUCUGUA